CGUCGAGAGAUGCAUGUCUCACGAAGGCCACGACACAACCUCAGACGAGCCACCGACGACUAACUACAGGCCACACCAACAUCCCACACCCCUCUUCAACCGAGGGGUUUCUCCCUCGUGACGGGCCGCAUUUGCAAGGCAAACAUUCUCGCCCUGUCAUACCGUGUCCACCUAUUCGGACAAGGCGGAAAUCCUCUCGGUGCAUUGCUUCAAAGGCCAAACGAUUCUCGGCAGUUUAAUUCCAACCUCACUUUAGGAAGGGAUGAUCGUUGAGCAGAGCACAAUAGAGUCGAGUCAAUGGCCGUGAGCCUGGGGAACGCUCGUGGAUGGAUCGUCAACGACAAUGUUGCUCAAACUCCUGCUCCGGCUACCGCUGCUACCACUACUCAACUUGAAGCACGCGAAGGCCCCGCUCCUAACCAGUGGCAAGCGGUGAAGGAGGAGAUCCGGGUUCUGUACGAAAAGAAGCCCUUGAGAGAUGUCAAGAGGAUCUUGGAGCAACGGCAUGGAUUUCGCGCGACGGAGCGUAUGUAUAAAGCUCGUCUUGCACAGUGGGGGUUCAGCAAAAACUACUCCGACAAGGACUAUCAAAUAUGUGCAGUAUUACACCACGCUCGACAGAAGCACGGUAAACGAAGAACAGCCUUCAUGAUACAUGGCCAUAAAAGGUCGGUAAAGGACUUGCACAAGUACAUCAAGGGUCGCAAGAUGUCUGAAGAUGCCUUUCUAGCCACUGCACUCAAGAAUGUCAAUCUCGAUAGUCGUGCCGAUCACGAACAAGCUCAGUAUGCCCAUGUGCGCGCCUACACUCCGCCUCCCGGCGGAUCCAAUACUCCAAAGGCAGAAGUUGAAGGCGAUGAAUCGAUAUCUUCACCGACGCACCUUCAGUCCUAUGGUGCUGGCAAACAUUCGUCUUCCCGACGAGACCCUUUGUCGAGAUCAGGCUCUGGGUCUUUCUCUAUGCGUCGAGAUUCGCAACCUCAGAGGCAGGCAACAUCGCCGGGAUCAUCAUUACUUUUCCCAACAUCUUCGACACAGCUGACGCCGCCCAUGCGACAUCCUCAGGUCCCAUUGUUCUCACCGAGUAGGAAUGGUUCCUCAGUCACAUGGCCCUCCCCUUCCAAUCUCCAUCUUUCGACCUCACCACUAGAGGGAUCUUUUACUUCAGCUGUACCCUCUCAUCGAUCUGGCCAGCGUCCUCAACUCGGCAGCCAUGAUGAUCACAGCAACCAAGGUGGCUCGGUCCACAGCAGCCCUUGCCAAUGGCUGGGUAGAGAGGUGGAAUACAUGGCUCUGCAGGUGACCGAAGCACCGUCGCUAAAAUCUCUCUGCGGGCACGACGAUAUUCAUUCUUGGCGUCUGUUGAGUGACAGCUCGUCCGAAGCUGGAGAGUACGAACAUGUUUGUUGGAGAUGCUACGAACCUAGUCGAACACAUUUUGUCAGUUUGCCGAAUCUCGAGCUGCCUCAGCAGUCACGUAGCAUUUUGAACGAGAAUGUCACAGGCGGCGACAGCACGAUCUCCGUCCCAGCGUCUUCUCGUGAUCAUCAGCAUUCUUGGAGAUGGGUUGCUCGUUGUUUUGCGGCAUGUAUUUAUCUCAGCAGAGGUGACAAAGAUCUCUCAGAGCGGAGUCUAGCAGACGCCAAUAUCGAAUUCGAGCAAAUGUUGGUUCCAGUUCAGGAUCCCAAGGUGGUGCUCGCCUUGAAUCAGACGCUCCAGAUCCUUCAUAUGCACGACCAAGGCGAAAUUACUCGAGAGAUUAUGAGGUCGGCGAACAACGUGGCAACACGUGUACUGGGACCCGAUGAUCCGUUGACCGUUAUCACACGCUGGAUGGUAUAUGUAGCAGACUUGCAGAUGCGUGAUCGAGAAAUCACGAGUUCGACGUUGCAUGAGAUCUACGGACAUUACCUGCGGCUCCACGGCGCGGAGGAUCCGAGAUGUAUCGCUGCACUGUACUGUUACGGGUUCAUGCUUAACGUCGAACGGAAGCUAGAACAAGCGGAGCAGGUGUUAAUGAGCGCCUAUACCAUCUCGUGCGCGAACCUCGGCCCAAGACAUCUACAGAGCUUGUCCGCUCUGACAAAUAUGGCCAGGUGUCUAGAACGCCAGGGCAAAUUGGACCAAGCGAUCGCGAUGGUAGAACGAGUCAUCGAUGACUCACGAGAUACGUUGGGCGAAAGUCACCCUCGACGGCUUGAGACGAUGCGCAUCUUAGGAACCUUCCUCGAAAGGCGUGGAGAUUUAGCCCAAACAGAGUACCUCUACUGGAAAGUCCUGGAGGGCCGAAUCAAGAUGCUGGGCGUGAAUCACAUGUUCACACUGGGGAUGAAGGAAGAUCUAGUGGAGCUGCUGAAGAAAUUGGGCAAGUGGGGGGAGGAUCCGAAUGGGCAGAGUGAGGCUCAGAUACGGAUCCAUGAUUUGUUCGAAUGGAACCCGUGGGAGAUACCAGAAGAUACUGGAGGGAGCGAUGGGGAUCUGAGCGAUGGUGUGGGAAGUGACCACGAUGCAUUCUAAGAGUUCUUUAUUCUGCAUGUUCGGGGCUGGAAACCAACGGAAGAAGAAAAGUCAGUGGAGAUGAAAGGGUUUGGCAGGAUUUGCCGCAACAAGACACUAUAUGGCUGCACAACUGCAAUGGCAAGGUCGGUACUUUUCCGAGUCCGAGUUGCCCUGGGGCCUAUUGAAAUUAGGUGAAGAAAUGAACUGAAGAUGCGUUGAUCUGCAGAGAGAGGCAUGACAAGGCUGUGGUUUGUGGGGGGGUGGUUGAUCAGUGGAGUAACUUGUCUGCUCUGGCACUCGAAAUCACUUAGUAUGAGAACAGAGGUCAAGAAGGUCACCGUCACAGCAUAAGACAGGGAACGAGGGCGUGGGAGGUAUAUUGAUUGCAAGACAUUGACAUUUGACCAAUACCCAUGACAGAGAAGCAUAAUAGUAGAGAGACUAUUUAGUUGGGUACCUACCGGGGGAAGUUGUAUCAUUG